AUAAACAACAAUAAAACUUAUAAUUGACAGAUAGAUCUGAAGUUGAUCUCGAGAUUAUUGUGUUAAAAGUAAACAGUAAAAAAAUUGUAUAAUUUAUUUUUUAACACUUUAAUGCAUGGGUGUCCAAAGUGCGGCCCGCAGGUCAUUUUUCUUAACGGCCCCACGGCCCAUUUUAAAAUACGAUUAUAAAAAAAUAAAAUAAAAUAAAUUAAAACAUAAAAAGUGGUAUGAAAGACCAAACAGGUGAAAUGUAACAAUAAAAUGUUGCAAUGUUUACUCUAGUAACACAAAGCUGCAAUGCAGGCUGUUUCUUUCUUUAAAAAAAUAAUGAAUCAAAAUCAAUGUUAUUAUGAAUUAUUGACUUAUCCAAGGCUCCAAUUACGUCACAUUAAAUAUUGCACUUUGAGAUUUUUUUGGGGGGUAAAUGUUGCAUAUUUUGUGUUUGCCAUAUAAAAAAUUUAGCUGUUUUUUUUAUUUUUAAAGGGCCAAAAACAUAAACAACAAUAAAACUUAUAAUUGACAGAUAGAUCUGAAGUUGAUCUCGAGAUUAUUGUGUUAAAAGUAAACAGUAAAAAAAUUGUAUAAUUUAUUUUUUAACACUUUAAUGCAUGGGUGUCCAAAGUGCGGCCCGGGGGCCAUUUGCGGCCCGCAGUUCAUUUUUCUUAACUGCCCCACGGCCCAUUUUAAAAUACGAUUAUUAAAAAAAUAAAAUAAAAUAAAUUAAAACAUAAAAAGUGGUAUGAAAGACCAAACAGGUGAAAUGUAACAAUAAAAUGUUGCAAUGUUUACUCUAGUAACACAAAGCUGCAAUGCAGGCUGCUUCUUUCUUUAAAAAAUAAUGAAUCAAAAUAAAUAAAUAAAUGAUAAAUGGGUUGUACUUGUAUAGCGCUUUUCUACCUUCAAGGUACUCAAAGCGCUUUGACACUACUUCCACAUUUACCCAUUCACACACACAUUCACACACUGAUGGAGGGAGCUGCCAUGCAAGGCGCUAACCAGCACCCAUCAGGAGCAAGGGUGAAGUGUCUUGCUCAGGACACAACGGACAUGACGAGGUUGGUACUCGGUGGGGAUUGAACCAGGGACCCUCGGGUUGCGCACGGCCACUCUCCCACUGCGCCAUGCCGUCCAAAAUCAAUGUUAUUAUGAAUUAUUGACCUAUCCAAGGCUCCAAUUACGUCACAUUAAAUAUUGCACUUUGAGAUUUUUUUGGGGGUAAAUGUUGCAUAUUUUGUAUUUGCCAUAUAAAAAAUGUAGCUGUUUUUUUUAUUUUUAAAAAGCCAAAAACGAAAAAACAUAAACAACAAUAAAACUUAUAAUUGACAGAUAGAUCUGAAGUUGAUCUCGAGAUUAUUGUGUUAAAAGUAAACAGUAAAAAAAAAAUUAUAAUUUAUUUUUUAACACUUUAAUGCAUGGGUGUCCAAAGUGCGGCCCGGGGGCCAUUUGCGACCCGCAGGUCAUUUUUCUUAACGGCCCAUUUUAAAAUACGAUUUAUAAAAAAAAAAUUAAAAAAAAAUGUAAAACAAAAAGUGGUUUGAAAGACCAAACAGGUGAAAUGUAACAAUAAAAUGUUGCAAUGUUUACUCUCACAAAGCUGCCAUGAAGGCUGUUUCUUUCUUUAAAAAAAUAAUGAAUCAAAAUCAAUGUUAUUAUGAAUUAUUGACCUAUCCAAGGCUCCAAUUACGUCACAUUAAAUAAUGCACUUUGAGAUUUUUUGGGGGGGUAAAUGUUGCCUAUUUUGUUUGCCAUAUAAAAAAAUUGAGCUGUUUUUUUUUUUUUUUAAAGGGCCUAAAACGAACAAACAAAAAACAUAAACAACAAUACAACUUAUAAUUGACAGAUAGAUCUGAAGUUGAUCUCGAGAUUAUUGUGUUAAAAUUUAAACAGUAAAAAAAAUAUAUAAUUUAUUCUUUUAACACUUUAAUGAGUAGGACCUUUUUGGUUCCCCAAUCAUUUUUGGGUGAUUUGUUUAUAAGUGUCAUCGCUCAAAAAAUAAUAAUGAAUUAAAAUCAAUGGUGUUAUGAGUUAUUGACCUUUUUAAGGCUUCAAUUAUUAAAUAAUCUCAAAUAUUCCACAAAAAAAUUUUAUUGGGUGAAAAUAUUGCGUAUUUUGUGUUUUUUCCAUAAAACAGGGUUUUCUUUGACAAAAAGAGCAUACGACUUACAUUUUUAAAAACAUAUUGACAGAUAGACCUAAUGUUGAUCUAGGGAUUUAAAACUUGAAUAAUAUAAAUAAUACUGAAUGACACAUUUUUAAUUUUUUUUUUACCAAAACCCUUUGGGGUCCCUGGGAGGCCUAAAUGUAUAUUUAUAUAUUUGUAUCCUGUGGUAUUAAUAUGAGUGUGUAUUUUUUCUUUCUUUAUUCUUUAGUGGAGCUCGAGAUCCUGUUUACUGUGGACUAGCUGUGUGUGACGCCCUGUUUUUGUUUCCAUUAAAAAAAAAGCAUCAUCUAUUGCCUGGAUUUUUGCCUGCAAUUGCUCCUGCUACGUUCGCUUAAUCAAGAUGCCUUUUCAUCUGAUAAAAUUCAUAAUGCACGGGGACAUUGCGGUUGUCCCAAGUGGAUGGUAUGAUGAUGGGAUGGUUUUCUGGCCCAACUAUAAAAACACCGACAGAAUUAAAAGGGCCGCUUUAAAUGAGGAGCAGCAUGAGUCACACUGGCCAAGAUUUGACGUUUCUGUUGUCCGAACUUGUGACAACUACAAAGACGCAUUAAAAAUAAUGCAGCAAUAUGGAAAGGGCUGCGACACCUCAGACCUGCAAUCUGAGGCAGAGAAUGAGGAGCUGCCAGAAAAAAGGAGCAGGAAGCCAGUCCAUCGUCUCGGGGACUCGGAUGAUAGCGAAGAAGACCCGGGAAAUAGUGACCUCCCAUCUCUAGGGUCGGCAAGCCAAUUGCACAGGCAGACUCCACCGUCUCGCCGAGUGCCAGCAAGAGUCGUGAGUACCUGUCAACUCGACUCCUCAACUGGAGAUAACUUUCUAGCACCUCACCAUGGGGAAGGACGUACUCAUAUGCCCUCACCAGCAUUAAACAUGCAGAGAGUUACACAAGGAACGGCAGUCCCUCCUCGACUCCCUCCACCCCCCGCACCUCCUCUCAACAUGUGGCAGACACAGGAGCCUGGAUCCAGCCUGGCCUACAGGCCAACAUGGCGAGGGGGGAGAAUGGCUGACAACAUUUCCUGCUCUGCGGCUGAGGUCCACAUCCUUAGCCUGCUGGAAAAUAUUAAGCACACCCAAGACCAGCUGAUGGCGAAGAUUUCUUCUUUGGCCACCAUUGGAGGCCACGAUGUGAAGCGGGUGACCUGGAACAUCCUGGGCAGGAUGUUCACAGCUGAGGUUUCACAUCAGAUAAAUUGGAAGGGCGUCAACAACAAAAAGGCCUUUAGCAGGAUGGCAACAAAGACCUUGCUUUUCAGUGCUGUGAGAAAAAAUCAGGUGACAAGGUCAGCCACGGACGCUGAGAUCACCAAACACGCCAUCAGGUGGUUCAACCUGGCGGGGGAUCGGGCAACGAGGAGACGAGUCCCGCCUCCACCUCCUCAGGAUGAAUAG